AUGUCAAAAACAAAAAACUAUGCAAAGAUUGAAAAUUCUAACCAGGAUGUGAAUUUUGUGAAUGACGAUGAAGACAACGAUUCUUUUCAAAGAACCAACAACAAGGAAAAUACACCUUUACUGAUAAAUAAUGAUAUCUCUAUCAAUUAUGCAUCGGCCGACCAUGAAAAUAAUUCGCCACCUGUAACGGGUGCCGACGGCAAAUUCAUUGUUUACAAAAGAAGAUGGUGGGUUCUCUUUAUGUUUACACUGCUAUCACUGAAUCAGUGUAAUUUCUGGAUUACUUUCUCCACGGUUGCAGUGCUCGCCAAACAAUAUUAUAAUACGGAUUUGGCGAGAAUCAAUUUCCUCACGGAACUUGGUCCGAUUCUAUAUGUACCGUUUUCCGUUGUGUUCUCGUGGUCGAUCAAUCGUUACGGAAUUCGUCCAAACAUUCUGAUUGCAUCGGCGUUGGUUGCGAUUGGUGGUGCCGUCCGGUCGGUUCCAGGAAUAUUCCCGCUGGUCAUCAUUGGCCAGUCGUUCAAUGCGAUUGCUGGACCGUUCAUGAUGACUGUUCCCACCAAGAUUUCCAACGUUUGGUUUCCGCCCGAGGAGAGAACCUUCUCGACUGCGAUCAGCACAGUUUCAAACUUUAGUGGCAGCGCUAUCGGUUUCCUACUGGCGUUGUUCGCCACUACCGACACGCACCUCAAAUACUUGUUGUAUGCCGAGGCGGUGUCGGGAGCACUCAUUUUCAUUGCCAUUCUCAUUUACUAUCCUGAGAAACCACCUACACCACCGAGUGCCACUGCACUCGAAGCGGAGCGAGCACAUCAAGCCAGCCACAUUGGACUGCUCGACAGUUGGAAACAACUCUUCAUUCAAUCCUAUAGAUUCUUGCGUAUUCCCUCUGCAUCCAUUCUCACAAUCGUGUCAUCAAUCACCUCGGGUUGCUAUGCCGGGUGGUCAGCAAUUCUCACAGAAAUCAUUGUCAAUGUAUAUACACCUUCACAAGGUGCAGUUGAGGUCUCUUUCCCUAUUCCAGAGGCAGUUGGAUCAUCUUUGAUCUCGAUUUUGAUCAAUGUUUUUACGUUUGUUUCGAUUGAAGUGGGUUCGUUGAUUCCACCACAAACACUCAAUUGGAUGCUAGUUGGUUGUUCUGCAGUCUCUGUGAUUCUUCUCUUGUUUGUAAAAGAAGAUUACAAGAGAUUAAAGAGCGAUGCAAAAGUUCAAUAA